UUAUAGCAAACCAAACAACACCUCACUUUCAAACUGUGGAGGGGCGGAGAGAAGAAGGAAAGGAUGGAGAAAAAAAGGGAAGAAGAAGAAAGGAAGUCUCACGUGGUGAAAAGAGGGUUGUGGAAACCUGAAGAAGAUAUGAUACUUAGAAGCUAUAUCGAGACUCAUGGAGAAGGAAACUGGGGAGACAUCUCUCGUAACUCCGGAUUGAAGAGAGGAGGCAAAAGCUGUCGGUUGAGAUGGAAGAACUACCUAAGACCAAACAUCAAAAGAGGAGGCAUGUCUCCUCAAGAACAAGACCUCAUCAUCCGCAUGCAUAAGCUUCUCGGCAACCGAUGGUCGUUGAUAGCCGGUCGUCUACCGGGUAGGACUGACAACGAAGUCAAGAACUACUGGAACACCCAUUUGAACAAGAAAACCAAUGGCAGGAAACAGAACGCGACUGAAUCAGUGGAAGCCACCACUCCAUGGGUCGACAAGCCAGUUAUGUCUGCAGAAGUGAGAGGAAUCCAUGGAGGAGGAGACGGAGAAGAGGGCACUACUACCACUACCUGGAUGGAGGAGACCAACUUCUUCGCUCGCAUAGACUCUCCACUGCCUCUCGCUUCUCAUUACCCAUCAGACACUCUUUCGUUUGACCCAUCUUUUGCCUUCACCGAUUGCUUUCCUCUGCUUUAAAGCCUUUAGUACUUUCCUGAUUCUAUCUCUGAGCGAUAAAUUCUUGCAUAGACUUUGCGGAUCAUAUUAUACAAUUAGUCUAAGCAAGAAUUGAUCAUGAAAUUGUGUAAUAAGCCCUGAUUCAUUCUGGAUCCUGUUCCUAUCUUAUCAUCAUCAACUCCAGUACAA